CCGGGCAGCCCGGGGGAUGCGCGGUGCUGCCGGGCACCCGCACGUCUGUUUUCCCGCAGCGGUGGUGCCCAUGGCGGCGGAGCCGCAGCCCAAAGCUCUGACCCGCAAGCCCCUCCUGCUCAACAAAGUGGAGGGCUCGCAGGAGGUGGUGAACAUGGCAGCGAUCGUGCCCAAGGAGGACGGGGUCAUCAGCGUCUCCGAGGACAGAACGGUUCGUGUCUGGCUGAAGAGAGACAGUGGACAGUACUGGCCCAGCAUAUACCAUGCGAUGCCAUCUCCAUGUUCAUGCAUGUCUUUUAACCCGGAAACCAGAAGGCUGUCCAUAGGUCUAGACAAUGGUACAAUCUCAGAAUUCAUUUUAUCAGAAGAUUACAACAAGAUGACACUAGUGAAGAGUUACCAGGCUCAUCAAAGCAGGGUCAUCAUGAUUCUGUUUGUCCUGGAGAUGGAGUGGGUGCUGAGCACCGGCCAAGACAAGCACUUCACCUGGCACUGUUCAGAGAGCGGCCAGCGGCUGGGAGGCUACCGCACCAGCGCGGGGGCCUGCGGCCUGCAAUUUGAUGUGGAAACCCGGCACGUGUUUGUUGGUGAUCAUUCUGGGCAAGUAACCAUACUCAAAUUAGAGCAAGAGUCCUGCAGCCUGGUGACGACAUUUAAGGGGCACACAGGUGGUGUCACUGCUCUCUGUUGGGACCCAAUACAGAGAGUUUUGUUCUCAGGCAGUUCUGACCAUUCCAUUAUAAUGUGGGAUAUUGGAGGAAGAAAAGGAACAGCCAUCGAGCUGCAAGGACAUAACGAUAAAGUUCAGUCUCUCUCCUAUGCUCACCACACUCGGCAGCUCAUCUCUUGUGGUGCCGACGGGGGAAUAGUGGUCUGGAACAUGGAUGUUGAAAGACAGGAGACCCCUGAGUGGCUGGACAGCGACUCCUGUCAAAAAUGUGACCAGCCUUUCUUCUGGAACUUCAAGCAAAUGUGGGACAGUAAGAAAAUAGGCCUCAGGCAGCACCACUGCCGCAAAUGCGGGAAGGCCGUCUGCGGCAAGUGCAGCUCCAAGCGCUCCUCCAUCCCGCUGAUGGGGUUUGAGUUUGAAGUGAGGGUCUGCGAUAGCUGCCACGAGUCCAUAACGGAUGAGGAGCGGGCGCCCACAGCUACUUUCCACGACAGUAAGCACAACAUAGUUCAUGUACACUUUGAUGCCACUAGAGGAUGGCUGCUGACCUCGGGGACAGACAAGAUUAUUAAGCUGUGGGAUAUGACGCCAGUAGUGUCUUGAUACAUCAGUGGAACUUGAAGGGUGACAUUUACAGAAGAAGCAGAUUUCUUAACCCUAAUCAUUCUGCAGAAGAUAGGUAAUGCCGGGCGCAUAUUGCGGAUGAGAAAGGAACUCAUGUGUUUACAACAAUUUAUGUCCUCUGCUUGAUCAAGGUUGAACAUUUGCACGAAGACUCUUUCCAUUUAUUCUCAAAAUACACAAGAAGGUAUUUUUUUAACUAACGGUUUGUACGAUCUGACUUCAGUUGUCUUGAGUUUGUUUGGAGAAUCCGUGUGCAGUGCAGUUUUUAGUUUUUAUACAUCAUGAUGUCAGGAUACUUGCUGCCUUGUACCGAGGGUUCUCGGUUUGUGUCUUACCGUGUCAGUUUCCAGUGUAAGGCAGUCGGCUCUCCCCACCUGUGUGUUUGGGAUGUUCCUGCUGACAAUGCUCACUUCAGCAGAAGAGCUCCAGGCACGACACUGUGCCUUCUGUGGUCACAUCGCCAAGCAUCAGAUGGACUUGCAGUUUCUACCAAGGGCUCUACCACCCUCUUAUCCUAGCAGACAUCAUCUGGAGAGUGUUCUGUUGUUUUGUUGUAGCUAAAGCAUGGCUUCCUGCCACUUUCCUUGCUGCACCAGUUGCAAAACCCGGGGGCCAGGUUGCUUAGCAACUUAUUUCUACAAAAGCUGAAAUAGUUUUCCAGCUCGGAGCAUCAGAAAGAGCACACGGACCUGCUUGCAGUCUGAUGAGGCUGAGGAGGAUUCAAAUGAAAUUACUGGCAACAACUUUCAGGAGUGUGUGCAGGGGAGUGGGGGAGCAGAUCUAAAACUGGUCUGGGGUUGAGAAGUCUGUUUUACCUCUACCUCUACCUUGUGCAGCAGCAUUUCAGCAUUUGUACCUGUCUGUGUUGUUGAACAUGAAUUUGAUUUUCCUGUUUUCCAUACGUUUAUUCAUAUUUAUUUUUUAAGAUGCCGAUGAUGUUUUUAUUAAUUUCCUCUCUAGAUCAGAAACUGAUAUUGCUGAACAACACUUAUUGUCCUGUUGUCAUAUUUGGCAGUUUCUUUUAAGAAUAAAGAAGUAUUUAAAAAACCUGGAUUGACCAAACGUAUCCUUUUAAAAGGAAAGUGUAAGGAUGGAAAAAGAAAAGCAAAACUUUUUUUGCUAGAUCUGUCUUAAAUGAAGAGUCAUCUCUGGGUUCCUCUAAAUCCAUUUUGCUUUUUAACACUCUAUUGGCAAUACUCUUGCUCUGCAGGCUGAGUAUUCCUGUAUCUCCUAUUGAUGCAGGGCUGCUGUUGGUCUUUAUGAUGAAAUACAGCAGUCAGCAGCGCUCAGCCUUGCCCCCAUUUUGCCCUUUGCUUCUCCCCUCUCGGUGGGAGGUUGUGGUGUUUACCACUAUAAAGCACACUGCUACACAGAGAAGAGCUGUACGCCUUCAUUGGGAGAGAAUGCAAAAAAAAGAAAACAGAACAAAAAAGGUAAGUGCCAUUCAUAACAUUAAUCUGAGUCUGAGGAGCUGCCUCCAUGAAGGCAAAUUCUUCAGGGAAAAUUCUUUUUUUUUAUACAUCCUGUAAAUGGUGUUCAAGCAUUCUGCAGCUGUGUUGUCUGAAAUGAUGCCACUCCGGCUUUCCUGGCUGUACAGCCUGUUGUUGGUUCCCCUCUAUGCAGCAAUUUGUUUAAAGCACGUUUUCAAACAUAUUUCACAUCUCACUAAAAAGACUCACUUUACUGCUGAAACGUUACUAAUCUUUAAGCCCUCCUACUUUCUUUCCUGGAAAUUAGAUGCUUGUUUCCUCUUGGAAGGCAUGCAAGAUGAGUGAGUCUACUGCCAGGAUUUCAUUCCAGCUGGAGAAGGUGUGUGAAACUUUGCUGGCCUAUGCUGUUCCACAUUACCCUGGGCUCUAGGCUUUUUGGCCAGAACUUGCUCUGCUGCCACAGAGAGUAAUUCACAUGGUGGCAGAAACUUGAGAGCGCUCGAGUAAUCAAGUAAUCAGCGUUCAGCUCUGUUCCUGAUGAGCCAUAAUGGCUACAACAGGGCCUGGGCCCACAGCACGAAUUGUGCUUAACAUCAGUGGAGCUCAGAAGUCUGCAAGCUGAGGAUCUGCUCGGUGAAUGCCCAGCCCUUCAGGACACAUCUUAUUCAAACAAAAGUGAGGAACUCCAAAGAUGACCAAAUUUUGGAGCAAGGUAUGUUUUAACUCCUGUGGUAAAUUCUUGUCCCCAUCUUCUCUUCCCGAGGAGCUGUGGUUUCAGUGUUGCUUAUGGGUAGAUAUUGGGUAUAUAAACCCAUUUUGCAAACUUUCCCUUGCUGUUUUUUCUAAAUAAACUACCUGGAGGGUUAUUUGGGUUUAACUUGAUGCCCUGUUACCUUGCUGCCUCAGCUCAGACUGGUCGUGACUUAGAAAAUGAUACAAGCUGAAGAGAAAGCUGGGGAAGAAAGAGAAGCAUCUCUUUUACCUUCCUGUCUUGCAUGGCUGGUGUAACCAUAUCUAUUUAUUUUGUCUUCUAGAUCAGAAAAAAAAAGGAUCCCUAUUGCCUGGUCCUUUUCUUUCAAUUAUAACUGUCAAAUAACAAACGUAA